AUGUCGUCUAAUAAAAUAGAACCUAUUUUUACCGUACGCAAUGUUUUACCUUAUACAAACUAUCGUCAUAAGUUUGGCAAAAACUCCUUUACCUCUACAGCCACUACUUUGACUUCACGUAAACUACAAAAGAAAAAGUCUCGUGUCUUAACUUUGAAAUCCAUAAAAAAUUGGUUUAUGCAAAAUUUGCGUAAUUAUUGUAAUACCACCUCGUUGCACGGGUUCAAUUAUCUUACACGUUCAGAUAUGACGAAAAAAGAACGUUAUUUUUGGUUAUUUGUUGUCAUAGUUUCUAUAAUAGUAUCCAUAGUUUUGGUUAUAGUAUCCUAUUUAUGGAAUCGUGAGACCCCCACUGUUACGGUGAUAGAAAGUUCUCAUCAUCCCACCUGGGAUAUACCAUUUCCGGCGGUAACAUUUUGCAACUUUAACAAAAUAUCACGUGAUAGGGCCUUGAGUUUGGUUAAGGUUUUAAAACGCCCUUCCAAUACCAGCGAUGAGGAUGUGUUGCGUUCAUUUCGUGUCACCAUGUAUUAUAGUUUUGCCUUAAAUCAAUCUAAUGUUAAUUUUACUUUAGCUGAAAAGAUUUUGGAAUUGAAUAACAUGACUUUAUCUGAGUUAUCGGCACGUUUAUCGCCCAAUUGUUUGGAUAUGAUUUCCAAGUGCAUUUGGAAAGGCACUAAUUCGCGUUGUGAUAGUUUGUUUCAGCGUAUACCCACUAUUGAGGGUGCCUGCUGUUCUUUCAAUUAUUUCGGUCAGGAAAAGAAUAACUUUCCAGAAAAAAUUGCCUAUCAAAUUCCGAAAAGGCCUUAUCGCGUUACGGGUUGUGGUUAUCCUACCGGUCUAUCAAUACUCCUUAAUCCCUUAGCUUACGAUUAUUUUGGCACCUAUUUUAGCAGCUAUGGCUUUCGUUUUAUGAUACACGAUGCCUAUGAUUUUCCCGAUGAAAAUGCCGAAACUAAAGUCAUCACCUCCACAAGAGAAAGUUUUGUGCGCAUUAGUCCCGAGUCCACUUAUGCCACGAGUGAUGUCAAGAGUAUGGAUUUGAAAUUAAGAAAUUGUUUAUUUUCCAAUGAACGUAAACUGGUGGUAAUGCAAAGAUAUUCCUUUAUCAACUGCAUGUCGGAGUGUCGCAUACGCAAAGCAGUAGAAAAAUGUGGUUGUGUACCGGAAAAUUUACCCAAUAAUGGUUCAUUUCCCAAGUGUGGCAUUAAGGAACUGAAAUGUGUCUUAGAUAGUAGAGAAAUUUUUACUCGAGCCUUAAAUGAGUAUAAUAAAACAUUUUCCACCAUUUUGAGCACAGAUAAGUUUCCCUGUGAUUGUUUGCCGGAUUGUGAGUCCAAUCACUAUGUUUCGGAAAUAACCAUGGGUAAACUUAAUGUUAAAUUAGCUUUUCAACAGGAAAAUGAUCUGAAGAUACCCAAUGAUUAUAACAAUAUUCUGCUGCAUGUAUUUUACAGUGAUCUUAUGUCUACUAGGUACCGCAAGGAAAUCUACCAAAAUUGGUUGUCAGCCUUGGCUUCUUUUGGCGGCCUGUUGGGUUUGAUCAUGGGUUUCAGUAUUGUUACUGCUUUUGAAUUUAUAUAUUUUCUUACAUUUAGACCUAUUUUUAAUUAUUUUAAUAAUCGUUAA